ACUUCGAAUCGCUGACGCCAGUUGGCCAAGAACAUGCGAAGCGCGCGGUCGCCAUGACAACGAACGAAUGAUAUAAAAUAAAAAAUAACGAAUUCGCGGGAAAAUCUGUCAAAAUUUUCAACUAAUCUUUGCAUUUCGAUUUAAUUGUGUAAUGUGGUUGUGUAUGGAAAUGUGGUUUUAAUGUGAGUGGUUAAACGGUCGAGUUUUCUCAGUUGCAGUAAGACCUUGGUUGUUUUUUAAAAGAUGUGGUCCCUUGUGGUGGUAGCGGCAUUGUUCGCGACCGCGCGGUCCAAACAAUUACCACACAGUGCAGAUUUACCAAAUACAGCGGUGGCUACAGUUACCGAAUCCGACUCGGAAUGGCCGGAAGCGCUCGCACCACUUGACACCCUCGCCGUCGCGUGCGAGAGGGACAACAUGCACGUCACUAUAUCGCUCUCAACUAGUCAUGCUAACAGUGUCUACGACUCAUUCAACGGCAUAGUCUACCCAGCUGGGCUGGGCAGCAACUCAACAUGUCUCCGAGAAUUCGUUUCCGCCCGAGGUGAUCUCCAGUACACGCUUCCACUGAAGGGCUGUAACACAAUGUCUACUGAUAAUGAGGACGGAACAGUGGAAUAUUACAACAAUAUAAUAGUGCAACCACAUUUGCGCCUUGUGACUGGUCAAGGUCGGGGCUACCACGUCAGGUGUCGCUACCGUAGGCGAGACCUCACGCUUUUCCAUCUGCACAGACCACACGCUGACAGACUCACUUCCAGGACUGAUGUACGAGAUGAGUACGACGAGGAAUCCGGUCUAUUACCCUCUGUAACUAUGAAAAUCUUUAAAGGUGACCCCGAAGAAAAACAGGUGGCGUCAAACGUUCGCAUAGGUGACACGCUCACGUUAGUUGUGUCAUUAGAAAAACAGAGGAAGUACGGCCUUCUGGUCUCCGAGUGCUCAGUGCGGGACGGACUGGGAUGGGCUGAACAGAGUUUGAUCGCUGAUGAUGGCUGCCCAUUAGACGGCGAAAUAAUGGGCCUCUUCCAGUACAGCGUGGAGAAGCAAGAGGCGAAGGUUUCAUUCCCAGCUCACAAGUUCCCUUACACGGCCAGCGUCUACUACACGUGUGAGGUCAAACUGUGCGAUCUCAAUCAUCCCACAGAUUGUGAGCCAUGUUCUCACAAGAAGCGCGUGCGUCGUGACACGGAGGAAGGAUCGCCCGCAACAGUCGAAGUUUUCUCCGGACUUUACGUCAACGAAGCAGAUUCGCUGGACAACGAUGACGUUGUUAGCAAGAAGAAAGAAGACGAAAUAUGCAUUUCCCAACGCAACUUUGCCAUUGGAAUAUGUAUAGCCGGUGUGAUUUUAAUGAUUUGCGUCAUAGCAGCUAUAGCCUUUAUUCUAGCACGACGAAGGAACCCUAAAACUUAUUCUAGAACUGGCAGUUCCCUAUACAGUGGCCCGUAUACCAACACUGGCUAUUCGCAUACAAGUUAAAUCUGUAAUAAUGAACCAUAGAAUUACUAAGACUCUAGAAAUGGCUGCGAGUCACAGUUCGCCUCCAGUCGAAAAGAUUUUGUCUCAAGCCAAUGCUUGUUUUAUUCUUACCCUGAAUCUAAAUGUUAAAGAAAACUUAACGAUAUUUUUAUACGGAAAACUUGAGCAGUAUUUGGGACCUGUCAAAUGUCAAAUGCUUUCGAUCUGUCAAAAACUGACAUUAUCGUAAAGAAUUCGACGUAUACAUGACAUAAAGUACUCUAUAAUACAUAGCGCCAUUUCUAGUGUCUUACUGCUAUAUAAUUCUAUAAAAAAAUACUGAAAGAAACAGAUGUCCGUCCAUUUUGUUUAGCUGCCAAUGUCAAGUUACAGACAAUAUUUAUUGGUUAGUUAGUGUUAAACAACGAAUAACAUUGCACUCAGUGCCAUGGGCCAUUUCUGUGUAAUUGUUGUGUUCAUUCACAACGAAACAGUCAUAAUUUAAGUUUAAUUUAAGUAUUACACAUGGUAUUUUUAUAGUUGUUUAAUUGCCCAAUUGAUUGAAUUCGGUGGGGUUUUAAUAGUUAAUUCUGUUGUUUGAAAUUAAGGUUUAUAUUAACAGAUUAUUCUGAUAAAGAAAAUGACAAUUAUUUUAAAAAUAUCGUAAAAUCUAGUUGACUAUAACUUUCAAUUAAUAAAUUCAGAUGAAUUAAAAUACCAUGUGUACGAGAACCUUAAUAUUUAUAUGGAUAAUUUGUGAUAAUUUUCCGUCCGUUAAGUAUAGAUUAAGUUCAAUAGAUGGUGACCUUGCAUUACGUAAUUAUAUUAAAAUGAUCAUUUAUUAAUGAAGCAGUUUUUGUGAUGUCUUUUUAAGUUUGUGCUAUUAUUAUGUAGAGUAACUUAAUUUAAAAAACUGCAGCAAAUGUCUUUAAAAAAAUAAUAAGUGUACCAAUAGAAAACUAAAAAAAAAGAAUGAAUCGGGCAUUACGUAUCUGUUGAACAUUAUAAAUCUUAGAGAUAAUUUAAUCGACGACUGUGACCGCUUUAUAAUUGAAGUUACUCUACUUAAUAAACUAUUUUAAGCAAUUAAUAUUGUUUUACACCAAAACCCAGGCAUAAUUCUGGUGAAGGGAAUGCAAUUAUUGAAUUAGAAAGUUCCUUUUUGACUUAUAAAAUGUCCAAGAUUUUUACUUAAGAAAGCUUUGGCAAAAGUUAAUCAAUAAGAAAAAUAAAAUUUCUUCAUCAUCACUUUAAAUUAAAAUGAACUUUAAUUGCGUUUUAGUUUUAAUGCUUUGAAACCCAUAUUUGACAUUUUACAUAAAGUUUAACAUACUCUGUGGUGAAACAAUAUAUUUCCCGCCUUGUUUUUACUAUUUUGUUGGUAGGUCAUUAAUCAAAUUUAUUGUAUUGCCAUACUUAAUCCGUCCAACGUCGGUGCUAUAUUUAAUACCGCUUUUGCUUUAAGAUAGGUACAUUUGUAAACAUUUUUAAUUAUUCUCAGUAGUUCUUCAAAUUAUUAUUGAAUAGUAAUUUAAGUCUAUUUUAUUAACAGAGAACGCAAUAAAUAAAAUAAUGCUGAAUUCAGUCUAUAUCGACUUUUGAAUUAUUGUCGUUGGAUUUUGGACUGAGUGUAGAAGAUUCGUUGACUAGAGUUUUAGAAUUAAGUUAAAUGUUUACAAAUGUAUAUUAUAGAUUUAUGCAACGAAUUUUCGAUAUAAGUUUCAUACACUCCAUUGAUUGUGUAUAUUACAAUGGGGUUCUGGAACUGUAUCGCUAUGUAUUACGAAUUUUUAACAAAUAAACUGACUAAGAA